CACCGGAAGCGAGGGUGAAAGCGAAAGCAGCUUAUUUAUUAUGUCUGUGGAAAUCUCAGUCACGGACACUUUUAAAGACACCUUUCACACUGUUACUGGGCAGCUGGAAGACGAGCAUUUGAUCAAGCGACAGCUGUGAGGACGAGAGACACAGGAAGAGAAGAGGAAUGGCGGGUUUCCUGGACAACUUUCACUGGCCGGAGUGUGAAUGCAUCGACUGGGGGGAGAGGAGGAAUUCGGUGGCUUCUGUCGUGGCUGGUGUUCUGUUCUUCACCGGCUGGUGGAUCAUGAUUGACGCUGCCGUGACGUAUCCUUCCCAGGAGCAGAUGAACCACGCCUUCCACACAUGCGGCGUCUUCUCCACUAUAGCUUUCUUCAUGAUUAAUGCAGUUUCCAACGGCCAGGUGAGAGGAGACACGUACGGAGAGGGCUGCCUUGGCAGGACAGGAGCUCGUCUCUGGUUGUUUAUCGGCUUCAUGAUGAUGUUUGGUUCACUCAUCGCCUCCAUCUGGAUCCUGUUUGGUGGAUAUGUGGCACCAAAAAAAGAGGUGGCUCCGGGGCUGGCUGUCUUCUUUCAAAAUGCCUUCAUCUUUUUUAGCACUCUGAUCUACAAGUUUGGACGAACUGAAGAUUUAUGGGGUUAAAUGGUUGUAAUAACCCCACACACACACACACACACACACACACACACACACACACACACACACACACACACAGUAGAUGUUAUUGCCAGUUCUAAAUAUUGUUCAUGUUUUACUUGCUGUAAAAACUCGUGCUCAUUUGCUGUGUGUUGAUCUUUCUGGUUUUGGUGAGAGCUGCUCUGGAUCCAUUUUAAAUGAGGGAACUUUUUAAAAAAAAAAAUUAACUUAACUAUGUAUGUUUUUGUGUCUCGUGUGAUUUUCCUCCAUUUCAGUUCAACACACUCGCUGUGUUCAGUUACAGUAGCGGCCGCUGGAUUGGCUCCAGCUGGGGGAACUGUGAAGCGUAUUCUGCCUUUGCUGAAGCGAUCGUGUCCGGUCUGAACCGGUUUGUCCGUCAAACACAGCUGCAGACGCGUCGCUGGCGGCAUUAUUUUAACUACUGCAAACGAACACUUCAAGAAAAAAAAAACAAAUCUCAGCCAAAAUCAGACAUUUCUUCAGUGAAGGCAGAAUUCAGACCAUGUUCAUGUAUUUAUAGAUCCAUGGAAGUGUUUUAAAGUUUCUUAUUGACGAGAUGUUGUUGGUUCCUCAGGAUGAAGUGUGUGGGUAUUUUUUUUUUUCAAACUGCUUUUAUUUUAUUUUUUUUCUUGUAUUUGCUCUUAAUCAUGUCUGCCAAAGGAAGACAUGAGGGACGUUUUCCGUAGCUAAUGUGGGGGCGUAAGAACAAAAGUAAACCUUACAAGUUGUAGAUAAAAUGUGAAAAAAAUAUUUUUGCCUAUUUUCCCCCCAAUUAGACACUUUUUAAUGAAGUCAAAUCAAUCUCUAAUCCAAAGUUUCGAUCUACAGGAAGUCAAAGGAAAAGAAAAAUGCUGUUACCAACUGUUUUUAUCAGGUUUUUAAAUGUUUCCUGUGAAUAAUUUGUUUCCAUCAACUGGAAGACCUGUUAUUAAGCCCAUAAUUAAAAGAGAAUUGGAAUCUG